UUAGCUCGGCCGACUGUCCGGCUCGUUGCCGGUAGACAGUUGGGUGUUGCGUGACAGCAAUUUGGCCAAUUUGCCGGCUGCAAGAUGCGUAGUCGGCAAAAGGACGUCGGUGCGUGUGAAGGUGUCCAAAUUACUUUCGUUUCAGAAAAAUUGUAAACAGUCAAGUGUGAAAGCAAAACAAACUCCAAAGGUAACCGAUAGCGCACAACAAGUGGUGUGCCAGCGUAUGUUCUAGUGAGAGUGUUGCUUUCGAGGAUUUGUUUGUGAAGUUAUUUUCGAAAGUGAAAUUUUUAAAAUUUGAAAAGUGUAAGUGAAAUUGAAAAGAAGAUUAGUGCAAAUAUAUUAAAAUAUCACUCAAAAAUAGUUUUAAAUGUAUUUAAAGUAUUCGAGGAGUUGGAAUAAUACUAAAAAGUUUUUGGUAAUUAUUUAACACAACUUUUUUCAUUAUUUACAAAAAUAUUUGAAUUAUAAAAUAAAUGUAAAUAAAACAAAUUUAUGUGAAAUAUAAAAAAAAUGAAAACACAACUUAUUUAAAAAAUGUAAUUAACCGAAAACUUAAAAAUGAAACAUAGUUUCAACGAACCAACUCUGAAUUGAACUUAGAGGUCAAUAUACAACCACGCCUCAUUGACUCUCAACGCGUCCAUGCUUACCUACCGUACAUACAGGAAAGUAAUAAAAUCACUUGAACGAAUAAAGAACUUGCGAAGCUUUUAAUAGCCAACAACAAGGCAUACAUUAUUGAAGCGUACAAGCAUUAAAACUCAACUGACAGCUGUCAGCUGUCCAUCCGCAGCAAAUCAGUCAAGCACAAAACCCUUAACGAAAUUCAAUACCACAAAAAUGUGGUGGCCACGGCUAGCAACGACGACGACGACGACGAAUGGCAUGACAUUGAUCAUCUUCAGCAGCGCAUUGUUGUUAUUUAAUUGCAUGGAAACAGCACGUGGGGCACCGGCGCGCGUGACAACUGAGGGCGGUGAAACGAUUGAGCGCGACAAAGCAGAAGCGCUGACGACAAUUUGGCCUGCCAGUAGGACGCGUGUGAUGAGUACUGCGGAAAAAGACAACAUAGGUACUGUCACGCAAAGUCAGCAGACGAGCGCGCAGCAAAUGGCGACCGAUAGGCGCACUGUAACGCCACGAAAUAUACGUAAUACCACGAGCACGUCAGCGGCAUACAAUGCAACCCACGCGCACGCAGCACUGACCGGUCGGCAAACGCAACGCAGACGCACUUUUUAUGAUCAUUGUAUGGCGAACCGCAAUUCACUCGCCGAUCUGAGCACAGUCAUACUCUAUUCGCUCGUUUGCCUUAUCGGCAUCUUUGGUAAUACGCUGGUCAUUUAUGUCGUGUUGCGCUUUUCAAAAAUGCAGACUGUGACGAAUAUCUACUUACUCAAUUUGGCGAUCGCCGACGAAUGCUUUCUUAUUGGCAUACCGUUUUUAUUGUAUACCAUGCGUAUUUGUGCUUGGCGCUUCGGCGAGUACAUGUGUAAAGCAUAUAUGGUUAGCACUUCGAUUACGCAGUUCACUUCAUCCCUUUUUCUGCUGAUCAUGUCUGCUGAUCGUUAUCUCGCAGUUUGUCAUCCGAUCGCCUCGACGAAAUACCGCACACAACGCAUCGCUAAGAUUGUAUCGGCUAUAGCAUGGCUGACCUCAGCUGUGCUUAUGCUACCGGUCAUACUCUAUUCGAGCACUAUUAGCCAAGAGGAUGGCGUGAAUCUCUCUUGUAAUAUAGAAUGGCCUGAAACGUACAAAAGGCAUUCGGCCACUAUGUUCACGUUAUAUACAUUCUUUCUCGGUUUCGCCAUACCACUCAGUUUCAUUUCAUGUUUCUACUGUUUGGUCAUACGUAAGCUGCAUGCGGUCGGCUCAAAGCACAAGUCCAAAGAAAAGAAACGUUCGCACCGCAAGGUGACGCGCCUUGUGCUCACCGUUAUCACUGUUUACGUAUGCUGUUGGCUGCCGUAUUGGAUAUCACAGGUGUCGCUUAUCAACUCUAAUCCCAUACAAAGUCCACUGUCACGACUUGAAAUACUCAUUUUCCUACUGCUCUGCUGUCUGGUUUACUCCAACUCUGCUGUAAAUCCGAUACUCUAUGCUUUUCUUAGUGACAACUUUCGCAAGAGCUUUUACAAAGCUUUCACUUGUAUGACUAAUCAUGAAAUGAACGCUCAACUGCAGGCUGAGCCGAGUCUGUUGGCGAAACAAAGCAACAGCAAACAUCGGCAGAACCGACUGCUCAACGCUAACGAAAAUGAGCCACAUUUUAUAGCAACAACAAGCGCAAAUAACAGUUCCUCGGUUACAACUUCUUCAACAACCAUAGCCCCAGCGACGGGCGAGAAGGCGUCAGCUUUGCUACUGGCAACUGCAACCGCGUCGACAGAUGUCACCGCUGGCAGCGCUCCUGUGACGCUGCAACCAAAUGGACGCACAACGGCGCGCGCAGCGACACUUGAGGGUGAAGAGGUAAUACUAGUGCUUCAGCAUGAGCGUCCGAUGUGCGCGCUAGUGGAGCGCGAUGAUGUGAUUAGCAAGGUUCUGCAAACGGAUUUGUAGAUGGUGAUCGUAGGCAUAUACUUUUAGGCGUUUUACACAAAAUUCAAAAAUCACUAGUCAUACGAUUGAUCUAUACUGAAAAUGUAUGUGGAAAUUGUUGUAAGAAUAUUGCUGUAUUGUUUAAGAUUUUUUACCGUUAAACAGAAACAGAAACUACACGUUUAUUUUCAAAGGUCAGAAAUUUGACACACAUUCAAUUAAUUUUCGCCUAAAUGUAUGCUUCAAUAUGGAAACUAGGUGCUUAGUUUUAUCCAUUAGACUCGGUGGAAAUUUCGUGAAACCCAUUUGCGGUACAAAAUUAUAUAAUUCUACUGCCGGCAUGAGAUUAUAAAUAAUUUAGUCAUAAUAAAAAAUCAUAAAAAUACAGUUUUGUACACCAAUAUUUUUUCCCAAUAAAGCUUUUUUCGGUCUUCCUAUAUGUCUCGGGCUGUGAUUACUGCUGCUGUGUCAUCCGCUUAGCCGAUUAAAUAUGAUUCGUCUGGCAUUAGUAUUAGUAUUCUAUCAUAACUACUAUUUCGCAGCUCCAGGCCUAAAGUGGACCCUUGUGCUGCUCCUGAUGGAACUUCUAUUUGUUGUCAUCCCUCUCUAGUAUGGUACGGCAAUUUUCCGUUACAAAGUUAGCUCCGCACCGCAGAAUUAAGGUAAACGGAAGCUAUAAAAAUUUUUUCUAAAGCUCCGAUCAUGUCGGACCGUUUCACGCUUAUAAGUUUUGCGCUUACCAGCAGCCAGUUGCAGUUUGGCGGGAGUGAUGUGCCGAUUCACUGAAAGAUGAAUGUAUUAACACAUAAUAAAAGCAUAACAUAAUUUCGAAGCUCUCUCGUUAAAGCAACGAUGCGCGAUCAUUAACAUAAAUCUGUUUUGUCAAUCUCCCAAAUUUUUAAAGAAGACUGAAAUACAAAAUUUUUCAAAAAUUGUAAAAUGUUGAAUGAAUUCUAAAAAUUAUAAAUUAAUAAAAACGAAAACAUCUGCAAGUUCUUUUGAAUAUAUAAUAACCUUUAAAUGUAUAUAUGUAUAUUUAUUAAGAAAAAAUAUAUCUAAGAUAUAAAAUAAGAAAUAUAAAAAAUUAAAUAUGAAAUAUGACAAAUAAAAUAUAAAAUAUAUAACACAAAAUAUAAAAUAAAAAAUAAAAAAUAAAAAUAUAAAAAAUGGCAUAUAAAGUAUUUGAUAUUUACAUAAAAAAUAUUAAACUACCAAAACCAAAAACUUCUCGACUCUUAAUCUGUCUUUGUAACCAUCUACUACAGGUCGUCUUAAUUCCCUAAACCCCAAACUUUGUAAUUAAAAAAUUUGCUGAAAAAAACUUUUUCGAAUUUGAUAAAUGUUAACACAAUAAAAAUGUUGUAAUAAAAAUAUAUAUUGAGUUUAAACGAGAAGAUAAUAGAUCAAAAACCCGGAAUUUAUUGAUAAAAUUGUUGAAAAAAGAAUUUAUUUUAUUCAAACAAUGCAUUUACGUACACAAUUGGUGAAAAAAUAUACCAUAAGAUAAGAUAAAACACAUUUUUGGCCUUUAUAAGAAUGUAAAAAAAUUGUAUAAAUAACUUUUAAGUUUUAAUUUUAAGAAAGUUGUCCAAAAUAUAUGUAUUCGAAAUAUAUAAAUAUUAUUAUAUAGU